AUGGCUGCUCGUGCCAAGUUAGCAGAGCUGAGGGCUCUCCGUGCUUCAGGGCAGAAACGCCUUGCAACUUACGAAGUCCAAGAAGAUGAAGAUAUUUACGAACAGGUUGAUGAAGAAGGCUAUAAGAAAGUUGUCCGGAAACGCCUUGAUCGUGACGACUUCGUUGUUGAUGAUAAUGGCGAGGGAUACGCAGACGACGGUCGAGAAGAAUGGGACGAUACCAGGCAUGUAGCCAGCGAAAGCGACAGCGAUGGCCUGCCUGUCAGGGGGAAGGCCGCUAAGCGGAAGCGAGAAGAAGAGAACCAGAGGAAGGAAAAAAUAGCUAAUGGAAUCAACAAAUAUUUUACUGCGACGCUCACCAAGCAGACCUCAAAACCAAAGCCUGUCGCUACUGCCGACGACGAAGCCUUUCUCGCAGAUAUUUUGGGAGAUGUAGAAACAAGCACAAUCCCUUCAAAGGCCCAUGUUAAAAAAUCCAUAAAAUCUGAGACGCGGAGAAAAGUGCGAAUCGUUUCGCCUCCAUUUCAACUAAAGCCUAGGGUAAAGAAGGCCGAGAACGAACUAGAGAAUGACAGAACACCCUCAAAGGAUCAUUCAGCGCUAGAUGAUGUCCUGGAGGAUGACGGUUUCAUUGAUAGCGGAAAUGAUGAUGCCAUAAUGAGUGAACAGCCGCUGCCUUCGUCACCUGUUGCGAAUGCUGUUGAGCGGAAAACAGCCAAUGCCUCGAAAUCAAGACAGGAAAUAAUCAAGAAAGAAGAAGAUGACGUGGAUGACGACAUGAUAGACGUAGCAGAAGCUGUUGCAGACCACAGUGCCCACGUACCAAGCGUCGACAUGGUUGGAAAGCGGCCGCCCCCGAAGAUUAAAAAAGAAGUAUAUGAUGAUCCUAUGGCAUCUUCUCCUGCUCGUGCUACGACAGAAAUGAUCAAUCCAUCAUCAUGGAAUGAUGUGACAAGCAAAUUGAAUGUUCUCAACAGCUCAGUCUCUGAAAUGCAACGGUUCGGAAAGCUUACCGCCCAGGAUGCUGUCGAGGAAGAUGAUAGCUUGAGGUUUUUCUGGCUAGACUACACUGAAGUCAACGGCAGCUUAUGCUUAUUUGGCAAAGUCAAGAAUAAAGCCAAUGAUAGCUACGUAAGUGCUUUUGUCAAGGUCGAUAAUAUUCUAAGAAAGCUAUAUUUCUUGCCACGGGAAUACAAGUAUCGCCGAGGCCAAACUACGGAUGAAGAGGUUGAUAUGGAAGAUGUCUAUGGGGAAGUAGACGAGAUCAUGAGUAGAUCGAAAGUUGAGAUGCACAAGAUCAAACCAUGCACUCGAAAAUACGCUUUCGAAUUACCUGACAUCCCUAAAGAAACUGAAUAUCUGAAGCUCAUGUAUCCCUACACAAAACCUGCCUUACCAAUGGAUCUGAAGGGGGAGACGUUUUCUCAUGUCUUUGGCACGAACACGGCUCUGUUCGAACAAUUUGUCCUGUGGAAGAAUAUCAUGGGCCCCUGUUGGCUGAAAAUUGAAGAUGCAGACUUUACUGCUGUCAAUGGAGCGUCCUGGUGCAAGCUUGAAUGUCAGGUGUCAAAUCCUGCUGAGAUCUCGUUAGUUCCGGAUUCAGAGGAAGUCGAAACACCGCCGUUGACGCUCAUGAGUUUGUCUUUCAGGACGCAGCUCAACAUCAAGGAAAAUAAGCAGGAGAUCAUCGUUGCAUCGGCUCGUGUAUAUGAGAACCUUCUCCUCAGUGAUACCACAUUGCCAGAGAACCUACCUUGCAAGACCUUCACAGUCAUGAGGCCAUCGAAUUCCACUUAUCCUCUGGGUUUUGAAGCUGAGGCUAAAAAGCAGCGUGGAACGGUCAUGCUAGAAAAGACUGAGCAAUUCCUUCUCAGCAAGUUCCUGGCUUUGUUCGAGAAAAUUGAUCCCGACGUCAUUAUGGGUCAUCAACUUCAGGAGGUGGAUUUCAAUGUUCUUCUUAGUCGAUUACGAGAGAAGAAAACCCCUGGAUGGCAUCGCAUCGGUAGGCUGAAGCGCGGUGAAUGGCCCAAAAACUUCUCAAAAGGCUCUGGAUUUUUCAGCGAAAGACAUCUUUUAGCAGGAAGACUUCUUUGCGAUGUUGCUAACGAUAUGGGAAAGUCUUUAAUGAUGAAAUGUCAAUCUUGGACUUUGACAGAAAUGUGUCAACUUUACCUGGGCGAACGCGAUCAGCGUCGAGAAGUCGAUACCGAAGCAGCCCUCAAAACAUGGGCCACGACGAAAGAAGGCCUCAUGAAUUUCCUUAGUCAUUGCGAAGCGGAUACCUACUUCAUUGCUGCACUUGUGCUUAAGCUACAAAUGCUUCCUUUAACUAAAGUCCUUACCAACCUUGCUGGCAACUCAUGGUCUAGGACACUCAGCGGAACUAGGGCUGAACGAAAUGAGUACAUUUUGCUCCAUGAGUUUUACCGUGGUAAAUACAUUUGUCCCGACAAAUAUGGUCAGAAGACCCAGAUCAAGGUCGAAGAAAACGAAGAAGAAGAUGGGAUUGAUAAGAAAAAGAAGGAGAAAUACAAGGGUGGUCUUGUCUUUGAGCCUGAAAAGGGGCUUUAUGAUAAGCAUGUCCUCGUCAUGGAUUUCAACAGUUUGUAUCCCAGCAUUAUUCAAGAGUACAAUAUCUGCUUUACAACAGUAGAUCGACAUGCAUCAUCUGAGAAUGAUAGAGAGGAGAGUGUACCUGAGGUUCCAGAUAGUUCUCAGGCACUGGGAAUCCUUCCACGUCUUAUUGCUACCCUUGUUAACCGUCGAAGAGAAGUGAAGAAGCUAAUGAAAAACAAAAACGCUACUCCUGAGGAACUUGCUCUUUGGGAUACCAAGCAGCUUGCUUUGAAGCUAACAGCAAACUCCAUGUAUGGAUGCUUGGGAUAUACACAAUCACGAUUUUAUGCCCGGCCACUUGCCAUGCUUACGACGUUCAAGGGACGAGAAAUUCUACGUAACACGAAGGAGCUUGCAGAAACUAACCAGCUCCGUGUUAUCUACGGAGAUACCGAUUCGGUCAUGAUCAAUACAAACACGGAUAAUGUUCAGGAGGCCCUGAAGGUUGGAAAUGAAUUCAAACGUUUGGUUAACCAGCGAUACCGACUCCUUGAAAUUGAUAUCGAUAACGUGUUUAAGAGGCUGCUUCUACACGCCAAGAAGAAAUACGCAGCAAUUAAUUUAUCAGAAGUGGAUGGGACGUACGUAGAGCAUCUCGAGGUGAAAGGAUUGGAUAUGAAGCGUCGAGAGUUCUGUGCUUUGUCAAAGGAGGUUUCUACCAAGUUACUACACGAAAUUUUGUCUGGGGAUGAUGUUGAAAUUGUCCUUAACAAGAUUCAUGAUUACUUGCGUGAAUUAGCACAAAAGAUGCAUGAAUAUGCCAUCCCAGUCCAGAAAUAUGUCAUCUACACGAAACUGUCCAAAAAACCAGACGAAUACCCAAACAAGGAGACCAUGCCUCCCGCGCAGGUAGCUCUGCGUGAACUUGCCAGAGGCAAAUCGGUUCGCCCCAAUGAUGUUAUCUCUUAUAUAGUAACAACUGGUGAUGCAGAAACAUCAUCCUUGCCACCUGCUAAACGAUCAUACACCCUUCAAGACGUCAUCAAAACAGAUUCUGGAUUGAAACCUGAUGUGGAAUUCUAUCUCCUGAAACAAAUAUUCCCUCCAAUUGAACGACUAUGUGCUCCUAUACCAGGCACGGACGCCGCACGAUUAGCUGAAUGCCUCGGCCUGGAUGUCAGGAAAUACCAAAUCUCGAGCAAUACAGCACACGGCCAACAAGAAACAGAGCUAUGCGCUCUCGAGUCUCAGAUUCCAGACUCUAUUAGAUUCGAGAAAGCCGCUAGGCUUAACCUCAAGUGCCGCUUCUGUCAGAAAACCAUCAUAUUCGAGGGCCUCAUAGGUUCGAGGGACAUAUGCUCUCCCAACGGCAUAGUAUGCCCCGACCCGGCCUGUGCUAAAACCUUUACUGUCAUAUCCAUUAUUGCACAGUUGGAAAGCCAAAUCCGUGCUCAAACAGCACAGUACUAUGAAGGAUGGCUUGUUUGUGAUGACUCUGCCUGUGGCAAUCGAACACGCCAAAUGAGUGUUUAUGGCCAACGAUGCCUGGGCCCUCGUGGACGGGCUGAGGGGUGUCUUGGCCGCAUGCAUUACGAAUAUACUGAAAAACAGCUAUAUAAUCAAUUGCUUUACUUUGCCGGGUUAUGGGAUGUGGAGAAGGCGAAAACCAUGGCAGAGAAGGAAACGUCUGCAGAGAAAAAGGAUGCGAUUUUAGCACUGGCUGCCUGGAAUCGGACACGGUUUGACACCGUCAAGUCCGUAGUGGAUGAGUACUUGAACAAGUGCGGAAGACAGUGGGUAGAAAUGGAUGUUCUCUUUGGAUUUGCACUGCCCUAG